AUGUCGUCGCAACCGGAAACACCGGUAGACCUCGUCCUCUCGCUCCUAAUCACAUUCACAGCGUUCCCGCUCGGAAUCAUCGCUGCGCUCGCACACGUACUCAUCACACUUGUCAGCAGCAUCCCGACAUUCAUCGGCCUCUCCCUGGGAUGCGUUAUUCUCACCUGCGCAGUACUUGUCACCAGCAUUGGCUAUGCGCUCUAUACUGUCGGUGCGCUCGGACUGAGGGGACUGGUCGGGUGCAAAGCAGCCCUAGAAGACUCGGCCAAGAUGGGCACGAACAUGGCUUCUGUGUUUUUGGAAGAAUGGAAUAAGGAGCGCAAAACGACCCAGGAAAGUUGGACGCAGUCUUGA